AUGUCCGGCCCGGAAGUUCACCAUCUUUUCCACGCACCCAUCGCCGACCACUCGUUCUCUUCGGACCGCCAGACGCUCGCGGUAGCCAAAGACAACAAUGUCGAACUCUACCACAAAUCCGGGUCCAAAUUUACAUUGAAAGAUGAGCUCAAGGGCCACGACAAGACGGUGACGGGUGUCGACAUUGCCCCGAACAGCGGCAUGAUUGUGACCUGUUCUCAAGACCGCAACGCCUACGUCUGGGAACCUUCUCCGACGGGGUGGAAACCGACGCUCGUGCUCCUCCGCAUCAACCGCGCCGCGACGUUUGUGCGCUGGUCUCCGUCCGAGAAGAAAUUCGCCGUCGGGUCCGGGGCGCGGCUGAUCGCCGUGUGCUACUUCGAGGAAGAGAACGACUGGUGGGUGUCGAAGCACCUGAAGAAGCCGAUCCGGAGCACGGUGACGACGCUGGCGUGGCACCCGAACAGCGUCCUGCUCGCGGCCGGCUCGACCGACUCGCACGCCCGCGUCUUCUCGGGCUUCGUCAAGGGCGUCGACGCGCGGCCCGAGCCCAGCGUCUGGGGCGAGCGGCUCCCCUUCAACACCGUCUGCGGCGAGUACCUCAAUGACUCGGCCGGCUGGGUCCACGCCGUGGCGUUCUCGCCGGGCGGCGACGCUCUCGCGUUCGCCAGCCACGACAGCAGCAUCACCGUCGUGUACCCCAGCGGGCCCGACGCGCCGCCGCGUGCCAUGCUGAGCAUCUCGACCCAGACCCUGCCGUUCACGAGCCUGAUCUGGAACGGCGACGCCGAGAUCAUCGCCGCCGGCUACGACUGCGAGGCGUUUCGCUUCCGUGGGACCGACGCCGGCUGGGAGAUGGUCGGCAGCGUCGAGGCAAAGACUCGUCCGACCUUGGCCGGCGCGCGGGAAGAGUCGGCCCUGCACAUGUUCAAGCAGAUGGAUCUCCGGGGCAAGGUCAAGGACGACACGCAGCUCAACACCACCCAUCAGAACACCAUCAACACCGUUAGGGUGUUUGAGGGCUCGGCGAACGGCGUGAGGAAGUUCAGUACCAGUGGUGUCGAUGGACGACUUGUCAUCUGGACACUCUAG